AAUCCUCAGUUCAAUAACCCGCAGAUCAGUCGAGGAGUAUAGUAGCGAUAUUCGAAUUAGUCACAACUAAAUUGAUGUCUAUUUUACUGAUUUUGUUUUAUGUGCUGCUUGCUAUUUUCUGUUUCAUCAAGUUAACUUUGCGACCGCACAAUUUCCCACCAGGACCAAGAGGAAUGCCUUUCCUGGGCUUUGCGCCUUUUUUCCCAACGAAUAAACCAUUCUUCAGCACCCUGCAGAAGAUGGCUAAGAAAUACGGACCGGUAAUUGGUUUCUAUUUGGGACCAACUCAGCCGUUUAUUUCUGUUGACGGGAAACAGGCUGCCAAAGAAGCACUGCUGAAUAACGACCUAAACGGCAGACCGUCGGGUACAGUCAUUAUUAGCAGAUCGUUUGGGGAGAAGCUUGGUUUAGUAAUGGUGGACGGCGAUUUUUGGCAAGAACAACGGAGAUUCACGUUGCGUCAUUUUCGUGAUCUUGGAUUCGGAAAGACGUACAUCGAGAAUCAGAUGAUGGACGAGAUAAGCGACUUGGUUUUGGAUAUUACUGAAGCUGCCAAAUCCGAUCCCGAUCACGUAGUCGAUUUCAAAGCCAUUUUCACAGUGUCGGUGUUCAACAUUUUAUGGGUAAUUAUUGGAGGCAAACGAUUUCAGCGGGACAACCUGGAGUUCAAGAAGCUCUUGAACAAUCUCGCCCAAUUUCUCAAAUGUGGAAAUAUUCGAGCCCUUCUUCCUAUCCCAGCAUUUCUCAUUCGACUUUUCCCUUCUCUACCUGGUAAGCUUGGUAUUAAUGGCGACUUAUGUCUUCCCGUUCAACAAUUUAUUGAGAAAUCGAUCGACGAACACAUUGCCACCAGGUCAAAGGGAGAUGCCCCUCGUGAUUUCAUCGACGCCUAUUUGGACGAAAUGGAAGAGCCAUCGGAAAAAGAUUCUACUUUCACCAAAAAGCAACUGAUAAUUUUAGUACAGGAUCUAUUCACUGCAGGCUCUGACACCUCGUCAGCGACGAUUGGAUAUACGGUGCUCUACAUGAUUAAUUAUCCAGCCAUACAACAGAAGAUGCGUGAAGAAAUUAAAAAUGUUUGUGGCGAUUCUCUGCCGUCACUCGCACAUCGCGCUAGUUUGCCCUUUACCGAGGCGUUUGUUAUGGAAGUAUUGAGGAUGUCUAACGUAGUUGCACUGGGUGUUCCCCAUCUUGCCAUGAACCAAACGCAACUUUUAGGAUUCACCAUUCCCAAAGGAAGCAUUGUUUCGAUCAAUCUCAACUCAGUGCUGCGAGAUGCUGAAAUGUGGCAAGAUCCAGAAAAUUUCCGACCAGAACGUCACCUGGACGCCGACGGAAAACUGUUCAGAAACCAAGCCUUCGUUCCUUUUGGCAUGGGGAAACGAAUCUGUAUGUGUGAGUCGUUGGCUCGGAACACGGUUUUUCUGUUCACCGCAGCCCUCGCCAAAACGUUCGAAUUCAAAUCUCUGCCGAACAAACCGCCGCCGACACUGGAACCCAUUGUCGGACUAGUUUCGAGCCCCCAACCAUUCAAAGCCGUUGUAGUUCCUCUGGUCCACUGAAAAAAAAUUACAUUAACUUUAAAAUAAGACUUGGUAACAUUACAUACCUACGCUAUAGCAGGCGCAAGUAAAGUUACACGUAAUCAAGCUAACCCAGAGUCCGCCAUUCGUACGGAAAAUCCCAGACGGUGUUUUUUAUUCGUGUAUUUGUUUGUGUGAGGCCCAACUAGAAAACUGUAAUAUUGGGCAACAGAGUAAAAAAAAAAAAAAACCUUGAAAGUUU